AGACACCCACACACAGACACCCACACAUAGACCAGCAUAGAGAACCAUGGACUCACAUAGAUACCCAUAGACUCACACACACACAGACACCCACAGACACAAAUGGAGGAGGCGCAGAGGGAGACAACGAGUUGAAACAGAAGCGGGGAGUUUAACUCGGACUUGACGUACUCGCCGGCGCGUUUGUCCUCUUGUGACCGUGACAUCUUAAGACACGAGGAGGUGAUGGGGGUUCUGAGAAGGUGAUGGGGGUUCUGAGGAGGUGAGAGGCGACGUGGAGAAGCACGCUGGAGACGCGGCGAGAUGGUGAGAUAUGCGGAGACACAAAUUAGGUAGGGCGGGAUCAAGGUGAAGACGCCGAGAGACGAGACACGUGGAGACACCGGGGGAUUAAGGAGUCCAAGAUACGGUGAGAGAAGGUGAAGAAGGCGCGUGUGGAGACUCACGUGAUCUCCUAGAGGAGACGCACGUGUAGAUAAGGACACAGACACGCGGAGACUCCCGACACAGCCGCCGCAGGGCUACCGCUCGCUCACGGACAAACUCGAAGAGCGGAACGAUGUAGCGAGAGACCUCUCGGGUCGACAAGGGGAGAGAUCCUCAAGGCUUGGUGGGGAAGAGUGGCGAGCGGGGGGUUGAGUGGGGGGCUCUGCACCCCCUCCCCCCACCACACUUCCAACCCCCCCGUAUCAUGGAACACGCGUUCCGCACCCUGCCCCCGUACCCCUCAAAGACCCCCAAGGAGGAGUUUGGGGGUCUUGCUGACUGCUGGCCGAAAGAGGAAUCGUUCCAUCUGGCGUUUGACGCAGGCAGCUGCCUGGGCACCGUGGACGACCCCUCCCGGUCCUUCCUGCGGCCACGUUCCCCGGCGCAUGGCAACCAUCUCCAUGGCAACAGCAGGCCGCAUCCCGGCAUGCACCACUCUCACCUCGCCGGACAUUACCUGGAAUGCAGCUUCACCACUGCAGUGGCACCACCACCACCACCGCCGCCAUCAGCAGCACCAGCUUCUUCCGGAGAGUGCGGUGUCUCCACUCUCAGCUGUCGCACCGCCCAGCUCUGCCCGUGCUCUUUUGCCACCGCCGGCGCUUCGGGGAUGACGACGCCGUCGCCGGCCUCCUGCUGCUGCCGCCACCCGGCGCGCCGGCGCACGGGCGCGGCUACGGCGGCUCCCGCCGCCGCCACCACCGGCGCUGGGUUCCUAUCCGGCUCCGCGGAGUUCCACGGCGGCGAGGGCCGAGCCAUGGCGUCGGCGCUCCUCCCGCACGUCCACGGUCAGCGCCGUGCCCUGCCUGAAGGGAGGACACCUGAGAAUCGUCAUCAGCAGCAGCAACCCCACCAGCAGCACCAGCACCAGCAGAAUCAUCAUCAGCAGCGGCAGAAUCAGAACCUUCGCCAGCAUCAGCACCAGCAGCUUGGAGAGCAGCACCAGCAGCAUCACCUCCAUCAAAGCCUUCAGCAACGCCAUGAGCAGAAUCAGCGGCGGCACCUUGGUGAGCAGCGUGAGCCGCUCCGCCCUUCCGUGCCGUCCUGGCUUUGCGUUGCGUCUCACGGCGAAGGCGCCGGCUAUUUUGGCGUGGAGCGCCAGCGGCCGGCGCCACCGUUCCCGGCGUGCCAGAGCCUCUCCUCCUCCUCCUCCUCGGCGGCCACCGCCGCGGGGCCGGGCGGCUUCCCGGCGGCGGCGCGUGACUCGGAGGACCCGGCGAUCAGCGGCGGCGGCAGUGCAACCGGCGAGGCAUGCCGGUGGGAGGAGUGCCGGGCGGCGUUUGGGCGGCGCGAGCAGUUGUGCCGCCACAUCGAGAAGAGCCACGUGGAGCCGCAGCGCGGGGAGGAGUUUGCGUGCCAGUGGGAGGCGUGCGGGCGGCGCCGGCGCCCGUUCAACGCGCGGUACAAGCUGCUCAUCCACAUGCGCGUGCACUCCGGGGAGAAGCCCAACAAGUGCAUGUUCGAGGGCUGCCCCAAGGCGUUCUCGCGACUGGAGAACCUCAAGAUCCACGUGCGAAGCCACACGGGCGAGCGGCCCUACCUGUGCCAGCAGCCGGGCUGCGGCAAGGCCUUCAGCAACUCCAGCGACCGCGCCAAGCACCAGCGCACGCACCAGGACACGAAGCCGUACGUGUGCCAGGUGCCCGGCUGCAGCAAGCGCUACACGGACCCCAGCUCGCUGCGCAAGCACGUCAAGGCACACGCGGCGACGGCGGCGGCGACGGCGACGGCGGCGCGGGGAGAGGCGCCUCCAGGGCACGAGCUCUGUCCCGACCCAGGGGCCCCACUGCCAGAGCACGGGACCUCCGCUGCAUCCACAUGCAUGGAGCUCUUUACAGAGACGGAGCGGUCGCGCGAUGCAGCCAGACAUCGGACGGUCGCAGACGGCGCAGCGAGGACGGAGCAGUUGGCGAUGCCUCCGACGUGCCGCUCGGCUGUGCCGCAAACGCCGGCGCACCGGCUCGGCCCGUGCCACGUGGCGCACGCCCGUGCUGACCGGUACGCAACACCGUGCUCCUCCGGCCCUCCCAUCCGGAGCAACGACACCGCCGCCUCCACCGGUUCCGCCACAAUUGCUGCGUCGCCGACGGGUUACAGUGGCAACGUUUACGCCUUCCAGCUGCCUCUCAGCCUGAAGGCGGAGAACUCGCCCGCAACUGGCAUUGCCACAACCACCACCACCACCGCCACCGCCGCCACCAGCUCCACUGCCAUCGCCGUCUCACUCGCGCCAACUCUCCUGGCCACCGCUGCCGCCGGACAGCAACCGCACGUCACCGCACCCUGGGCACCAGCACGGCACCAGCGGCGGGCUCCGUCUGCCGGAGCUCUGCGUGGCGAAGGCGGCGCCGGGCUUGGACCGACUCUGGGCUGUGAGCUCGAGGUGGGUGAGAAUCGGCAGCAGCAGCAGCAGCAGCAACUUCAGCAACACAAACAUCAACAGCACCAGCAGCAGCAGCAGAUUCAUCAGCAUCACGAGCAGCAACGUCAGCUGCAUCAUUACCCAGCGGUCACUCCGUGGGACACCUAUGCAGGCUGCACCGCCGCCGCGCAAGUCAAGUGCGACUUCCUGCAGGAACAGUUCGCCACCCUGCCCGGGGCGAGCUUCCUGCAGCUGUCCCUCUAACGGAGUCUUCUUCAUUGCAAGGUCCUCGCGGGCCAUUUGGCGGCCCUUGGUGGCCUUUCGUGUGGCCCCUGGUGACCUUUCGUGUGGCCCCUGACGUGCGCCCCCCCACGCCCGACAAUACACAAAGAGUGAAAACACCCCCCCCCCGUCAUCAUCGUGCUGCUGUCAAACACCAAAUGACUUCACACGUGUGGUGGCCCUCACACCGAUGAUGUCUUAUGGGCGAAUGUGAUCCCCCCCCUCUCAAAACGAAUGAAGAACACUGAUCUCGUGGAUGUCUUCGCACGUUCGUACAGAGGCCACGGCCCAGCCGUGGGGCGUGUAUCGCUGGCCUCGAAAUGUAAAGGGUUUAUGCCGAUCAGUGCUGCCAAAUAGAGAGGCUGUAUGUGCAUCUGUGCUAUGAAAUGUAAAUGAGGAGCGGUUGCCACUUUUACAGAUUCUCAAAGGAUCGUCCUUUGUUGAGAAUAGGUUUUCCCCUGUUUUCUGGCAACAAAAGAGCUGUGUUAAGAUGUUAAAACACCAAACUGAAACCUUUUACAAGGAAUCACGUCUGCGUUAACCACAAUACUUGUGGUCAGAAUGCAAUAAAAAAACACUCUGAUCGCAUAUGCUAUCUGAGUAUGUUUUUCAUAUGCUAUCAGGGCAUGUGUUUUGUUUGCAUUUUGACCACAAGUAUUGUGGUUAAUGCAGACAUGAUUCCUUGUAAAAG